UCGAUGUACUCGAAUUUUAUGGAGACUGAAUAAUUAUCUCACGUGUAAGAAAAAAAGUAAUUCUCUCGACUUGUCAAAAUCGCGACGCGACGAUCCCAAUUGCACGUGUCACGUGUGAAACGUCAUUUCGCCGGCGCGGUUUUAAACAUGGCCGAGGGGACAUUAUCCAACAGUGACAAUCGUGAGACGGAGAGACCGCGAUUCGGAACGCGAAACUUACUCCUCGACGAGGAUGUUUUCCAGCACAAUGCAUGGGAUAAUGUUACAUGGGAUGAGGAACAAGAGAAAUUGGCGCAACAAAAAGUGGAUGAAAAUUCCAUUGUUACAAUAUCACAUGAAGAUUUCUUGAAAUAUGAAACUGAAGCGGACAAAUAUUGGGAUAAAUUUUAUGGGAUACACAACAAUAGGUUUUUUAAAGACAGACAUUGGUUACUGAUUGAGUUUCCUGAAUUGGCUCCCAAUACUGUGAAACAGGACACAGAAAGGCCUAUGAGAGCUGCGCUUACCGAUGAAGAUAGAAGUCGCGGAGAUAAGCAUAUCAAAAUCCUCAAUUUACCAUGUAAAGAUAGCUGUAGAAUAUUCGAAAUAGGCUGUGGUGUAGGAAACACUGUAUUUCCUAUACUCAUGUAUAAUAUAGAUCCAAAGCUAUUUGUUUAUUGCUGUGAUUUUUCCGCGAAAGCAAUUGAUAUACUACAACAAAAUUCUGCUUACAAUGUAAAUAGAUGUAAAGCAUUCGUCCUAGAUGUAACUCAAGAAACAUGGACAACUCCUUUUGAGCCUGAAAGUUUAGACAUUAUCAUUCUUAUAUUUGUAUUGUCUGCCAUCCAUCCUGAUAAAAUGCAACAUGUUGUGCGACAAAUAUAUAAGUAUCUAAAGCCAGGUGGAAUAGUUUUGUUUCGCGAUUAUGGCAGAUAUGAUUUAGCGCAAUUGAGAUUUAAGAAAGGCAAUUGUCUCGGCAAGAAUUUCUAUGUGCGCGGAGAUGGCACCAAAGUGUACUUUUUCUUAAGUGAGGAAAUUAGAAAAUUAUUUACCAAUAAUGGCUUCAUCGAAGAACAAAACUUUGUAGAUAGAAGACUGCAAGUUAAUAGGGGCAAACAAUUGAGAAUGUACAGAGUGUGGGUGCAGGCGAAAUAUCGAAAGGCACCGUCGUAAAAGAUAUGUAAUGCAAUUUAUCAAAAUUCCUAUGAAAUAUAAAAAUUUUAUGAUAAACAACAAUGUAAUUGAGUAAAAAAUGUAUUUUUAUAUUGUGCCCGCGCAUUUUUCAUUACUGAAUGUAUAUUAAAAAUUGAUUCUUAUUUAUUUAAAUGCAACUCCUCCC